GUGGUAGUAGGAGGUGUGUAUGUCAGAUGCUAGGCAGUGACGCUGUUACCCGUCAACUGUGCAGAUAUUUUGUAACUGUGUGGGCAUAGAAAUGUAUCAUCCCUUAAAUGUUCUUUAUAUCUUUUAGGUGUUUACUGUGGAUAAUGCAACUUGCACACGGAAGUGUAUGGGCUAUGUUUUGCUACAUUUAAGAACAGCAAACCCACUUGGAAAGAUCAUAUUUGGGGACGGCUGUGGACCCACCGCAAUAUUUUUAGCUGCCAGGUCGGUCGGACUGAACGCUCGUUAUCUUCGACAAUUACACCAUUGCAGGCAAAAAGUAUGCAGAUGAGAUGGUUGUGAACCGCCUAAAAACUACUGCAGUCAGUCGUCCUUCUCUGCAGAGGUCUACCUCUGUGGCAUAAGUUAUUGAAUGCACAAGUACAAGGAUCACCUCCUGAACUCUUUCUGUCACUUUGUGUAGAAGAGAAGAUUGAGGAAAAACAUUCUACUUCAAAAGAUCUAGAUGAUGCUCUUAUUCUACAUCCUAGCGGUGAACACUACUCUUUUGGUUCACCAUCAGAAAAGAUGCAUCUCUUCGUCAUAUCUGUUACCCUUGAUAAUCCUUCUGGCCUUCCUGAGUCUUUGAGUCCUUACUACUAUAAUUAUAACCUUCUUGAUGUGGACAUCGCAUCUGAGCAAUUUGUGUACAAUGAGUUCAAGACAGAAAAAGCUUCCAUUAGGAUAUUGUGUUCACGAGAGCGAUUAAGGAAGUUACUCUCAUUGAAACAGCGCAUGAAGAUUACAUUGUGCCAGAGUGACCAGUUUCUUGGGAAAGGAAGUCUUUCACUCAAGCCUCUCUUGACUGACGAUGUGUUAAAAUGUGAAGUCGAGAUGGGCAUUGAGUCAGAGUCUGCAUCAUUUGUCGAUGUUACUCUGGAAGUUCAGAAGGAUAAUUCAUCAUUACCCACAAUUAAAGACAUAGAUCACACUGAGAACAGACUGUUUGUAAAGAGGAGCCUCGCAAGAUGUUUUGAAGCAGUUUCAGAUGUAAAAACCAGUCUCUCUGAUUACUCACUUUCCCAGGAGCAAAAUGAAUUGUGUCCAGCAACACCCGAUGUUUCUCCAUUUAUUGUUGACUCAGCUGAAAUUGAACAGACUGUCCCUAAAACGGUUAGGAGUAGUGCAAGUGACAACCUCUCACCCUUUGAAGAGGUGGUGCGUAACUCACCACAUCAAGAAUUCCGCACAGUUCAUAACUGUGAGGCUGUUGCUGGCUUACAAAAGAACAAUGGCGGUGCAAACACAACAAGCACUGAACCAGUUUCAAAAAAUCGGUUAAAAUCAACUUGGGAGCAUUUAACAUCAUCCACUGACUCUUGCGUACAUCCUGUACAAGAUGAUUUGAGUUUCAGCUCAAAUAUUAAUGUUCCAGUUCAUCGUGUGCAUGUGAGUACUCAAACUGAACUGUCAUCAGAAAGUAUAACGCCAUCACCUUACGCAAUCUCACGCUCUUGUUUAUCUGGAGAAUGUGAGGAAUCAGGAAAUGCGAUACAUCAGUACCAGUUUUCAAUUGAAAUUCACAGCAUUCACAACAUCAAUCUGGAGGAAGGACUUAAGUGCUGUGUAAGGUUCAGGUAUCCUUUUUUUGGAUCUCAGCAACCAGUUGUCGUGCAACCUCCUGUGUCAUUGGUUUUGGGAGGAGAAAAUUACUUUUCAGCUUCAACAUAUUCUUUUGUUUUUGCCUGUAGUGAGGAUUCACUACAUAAUCAACUGUAUUGCCACCCCAUAUUACUUGAAGUAUUGAUGGAAAGAGGCAAUUGCCACAGUUUGGUUGGAAUUGCUCAGGUUCCUUUGGGUGAAGUGCUUAAAAAUGAGAAGGUGUCUCUCGGAAAUGACGUCUACCAAAGAUGUUCCCUAAAAGUUCCUGUGUCAGCCGUUGUGUCUCAACUAACGUGUGCUUUUGUCCAUUGCACCCUUACACUUGAAUAUCAGAAGGGAUUUCCACCUGCCGAGACUCAAGGACUUCCCAGUGCUUCUGAAUACUUAGCUGCCACAGAACUUGAGAUGUGGAAAGCUUCAGAGGAGGAAACCUUCACAAAAGAAAUGAAGAAGAAGGAGGCUUGUUAUCUGUUUCAACUUCAAGAAGAAUGGGAAAGAAGGGAGAAAGAGCGACAAGCAGUUUUUACACAAAAGUUUCAAGCUUACAAUUGUUUAGAAGUACAGUUACGGAACACCUUGGAAGCUGCUCAAUGUGAACAAAGGAAACUUCUUAGUAGAGAAACAGAGUUGCAGCAACUGUAUCGUAAGCUCAGUUUCGAAGAACAAAGCAUUGCUAAACAAUGUCAGGCUAAAGUUAUGCAGUGUCAACUCUUGUAUGAAGGAAAACUUGAAGUUCAGAGAGAAAAAACUGAAGAGUUGCUUAAGACAGUUGAGAGGCUUAAGAGUCAGGUUUCUGAGUUGUCUGCAAGAUUAACAUCGAAGGAUGCUGAGUUUGAUGAGUAUAAGCAAAAAGUUAUCAGUAAACCAGAAUCGAGAUUACAGGCUGAGCUAAUCAUGGUCCACAUUGAGAAGACUGAACUCGAGAAGAAACUAUCUACAGCCCUUAGAGCAAAGAAACACUACAAGGACCAGUGGACCCAAGCAAUGAAAGAGCUUGCUGCAUAUCGACACAAUGAACUGCUCUCGUUCACGUGAGCAGCUUGGAGAUCAACGUAUCCUACUUUGAGGUGCUGCCACAGCCUUGGCGAGGGGGUUUUGAUGCUUAAAAGUAGAUAGCUGUCUUCUAGAUAAGUUUAGUUCACUCUCUGUCAUUGUCAGUGUUUUCACCGUGUUCUGUACGGUUUUUUUUUCUGUUGAUGCAAUACCUUACGCACCAGACUGUAUGGGUAUAGUCAUUACCCACAAAGGCUGUCGUCAGAUGUGAUAUCUCAACCUUGAUCUGUUCUUGGUCACAAACUUUCUCUGCUCUGUUUUUUAAUGACCCCCGUCUUGAUUCGGGGGUUGUGGUACGAUACUCUGCCUCCCAUAUGUAUGACAUGUAUCAGAGCGCAUUCAACGCGGGUCUGCGCUCAAGUAGGAGUGAGGGCAGUGUUCAAGUCAGGAAGGACCCCUAUCAAGGACCACUACUGCUGAAGAAAGGAGUAGUGUAUGGGUUCCAUGCAUGGACUGCCAUAAGGUAUACAUUUGUGAGACUAGAAGGAGCCGGGACACAGGGCCGCUGUCAAAGAUGAAUGCAAUUGCAGUACACACAUGGGAACAUGGUCACAGAGUGGACUGGGAUAAUCCAACAGUGCUGAGACAGGAGUCUGUAGUAUACUGGAGGAGAAGAACAUUAGAAGCAAUUGAGAUAAGGAGACACAACGAACGUGGCAUGGAGAAGAACAAAAGCAUGGAGAAACUACAAACGUGGAUUGUGGUUUGAUGCUGAGCCCUUACUGGAUACCAUUUUUAUGAACACUUUGGCCAGCCACAUUAUGUUGUCGUGUCUUGUCUGACCAUCUAUUCUUUCUGUAUUUGUUAUGUCGAAGUUUAACCACCUACUUAUUUCUGUGAUGUUACAUGUCUAACUAACCACAUAGUUGACGCUUGGCACGCAUACGCAGGGUUACGGUAUUUGGUUCGUAAGUGUGUGUGUCCGUCAGUCUGUCUGUCUGUCCAUCCGCCUGUUACCACGUUUUCUGCCAUCACACACAACGAGACAACAAAAGAGCGAUACCAAAAGCUGAAGAAGGCCCACGGACCGAAACGUUCUGAAUCUGUUCAAGGCUACUGCUCUUUUAAGCUAAUAAAGAACCUCGCUAACACCAAAAAGUGCUCAGAGUAUACUACAAAGACAGCAACAGGAACUGGAAAGUGUGAAGAUCCAUAGUGAAGAGCAGAAAAUAAUACGUAAAGACCUUACUCAAGUGAAAGAAGAAGUUAGCAGGGUCCAAAAGGAAACAUUCAAUGAUGAAUGCCCUUCUAAAGUGACUGAGGCUGAGGACACUGCUAAUCCAGAUGUUGCUCGUUGGAUUGAAGAAAGAGAUAUUCUUCUUGAAACUGGAGUUUACACCCAAAAUGACUUCACCAUACAACAGCUAGACCAAAAAAUAAAAGCUUGCUUGAAGUGAAGUAUAUUAUAUUGCACUAUUUGUGUAAGUAAUGCUACCUAGUUUGUUGAUCACAUAUUAUUGACUGUGAACAGUUUACUGUAUGCAGGGAAUAGUCCUGUUGCUGAAAAACAUCCUUUGUUACGUA